UUUACAGAAAUUGAACCAAAAUAUUUAAAUAACAAACUUUUAACAUUUUUUUCUUUGAAAACGAUGUAUGCUAAACGAAUCAAACUUGAUAGUGAAGAACCUCCAUUUCCAAUAAAGCAACUGUUUGAUGAAAUUUUGGAGGAAGUCUUCACACAUCUGAAACCGAAAGAUCAACUAAGUUGUCGGCAAGUUUGCCAUCUGUGGAAUGAUCUAUUAUGUCGAGAUACACGUCUGUUAAAAAGCAGUGUCGGAAUACAUUUGGAGAUCGAUAGUGAAGCAGAAAUUCAUUCUGAACACCCAAUAGUUCCAAUCCUCAAACAAAAUCCUGCACUGAAAAUUCGUAAAAUUAAACUAGAUGCGGGACUUUUCAUUUCAAAUAAUGGCGAAACUGCCAAUACUGAUAGCUUACAGGAAUAUUUUUCUCAAUUCAACGAAAGGAAUUUAGUCACAGAACUGAAAAUCACUUUCUCCAAUUUCCAAAACUUGGCAUUUUUUAAUAUUGUUUUCACGAUGCUUGAAUUGUUUGACAAGGUAAAGAUUCUUAGCUUAAAUGUUGACGAAAUGGAUCCCAGUUUAAACAGUCAUCACAUACAUUUCCCAGAGAAAUGGGAUAUAUGUCAAUGGGCAUCAGUUGAAGAACUACAUUUUGUAUACUUUGAAUGGGAUAUUCAGGUUUUUGAAAAUUACAUGUAUUUUUGUGCAAAACUGCCGAGUUUAAAAGUAAUUACGGGAGUUCAUGGUUACAACGAAGCUUUUUAUCGAAAAUACAGUGAUAAGAUAAAAUUUGCUUAUUUUCAAUACAGACAUCUGGAUGCCUUAAUUUCUUCAAAUUUUGGAAUUCAAAUGAGAGGUGUUCAUAUAUUAUGCAAUAAUGACUAUAAUGAUGUUGCACGUAUUUGGAAUUUCCUAAAUAACAAUCAAAAAGAACUAAAUGAUAUUAGUUUAACGCUCGAUGAUAUAUUUCACAUUGAAGAAAAUCUGAUGAGGCCUUUCGAAUCAAACAUUAACUACGAUAAAGUACGGGUACUGCAUGUACAUGCACCUGUUGAUGACGAACAAGCGCAUCGAUUCCAAAAAGACUUACUGAUGUUUAAGAAUAUUAAAAAACUCUACGUGAGCUUUACUAAUUUCGGAAAUUGCUUCUUUGGUCAUGACAUCAUAGAAAGUUUGCCAAAGUUAGAAGUUGUCGAAUAUCUGACACACGCGAGGACAAACACAAUCACAUGCAAUAUUUGUUUUAGUACCCUCAUUAAAAGUGUUAAAUCAAUUAAGAAACUUUCUCUGUGUAUGCCUGUUACUCAACAAGACAUUAAGCUGGUUUCUGAUACACUUCUAAAUUUAGAGGACCUAAAACUGGUAAAAUUUUCAACAAAUGCAGAGAAUAUAUAUAAAUUUUGGCCACAAAUGCUAAAACUCCAAGACAUCUUGAUUCCCUUUCAAACAGAGUUGCUGAAUCCUAACAUUUUAUCUCAUUUUUGUAAAGCUUGUCCAAAUUUAAAAAAUAUUCGUAUGUUUGAAUCGGAUAGCUUUAGUGAAACAAUAUUAUCGGCUUUUGUGGAAAAAUUAUCAAAAUUGGAAAAGAUUCAAUUCGAUAAUGGAACCUUUGUUGUGCAAAAAAUUGACGGAAAGAGAAGACUAGUGAAAAAGUAAGACCUUAGAAUCGUUCUUGUUUUUAAUUUCUAGAUAUAAAAAUAAUUUUGAAGUAAAAAUUUUCUUAUGUACCUACCUAGAGUUAUCAAACGUUAUUUUUCAGUUUAAAUUAUUUUUUUCUUAAACUACUAAUAAUCAUUGUUUUAUCUGAUAACAUAUUUUGCUUAAAGAGUUUCACAAGCAGUGCCUUUUUUCUUAAUAGUGUAAAGAUUUAAAAUUAUUUAGUUUCAUAAAAUUAAUUGAAAUAACUUUAUUUUCAAAAGUUUCUAUAAAUUGACGUAAUAUUGUUCAUUUUAAAUUUCAUAGAAAUUCUAAUUAUUUUUGUCUUUCCUGAUAAUGAAUUUUUUCAAGAAAUCGUUUUUCAUUUUUUAUCUUAACGACAAAUUUCUGUGAAUAAUAAAAAGA